ACGUGGGGUACAGUUUUUACUCCCUCCCUCUCUGGGGCUUUAUUUCAUGAGAAAGUAAUUGGAAAGUAGCGAAAUGAUUGAGUCAUUGAGAGGUAGACUCUGAAAGAGAGUGAGAUACCAGAGAGGAGAGAGAAACAGGAGACAACGGGGCAGAAAAAGAACAAGGGAAAAGAGAGAGGAAACAGCGUGAAAGCUGGGAUCGUUCUGAUAGACGAAUUUGCAAGACAUAACUCGAAUUAAACUGGGACUGGAGAUUGUUCUCGACUCAACCGGGACUGGAAACUGAGCUAAAGCCAACACUGAAACCUUAACUAUAAUUCGCCCAGACUGGAAACUGACCAAGGGCAGAAUGAGGUUCCUGUUUUGUCUGCUUUUCAUCUCCCAGGUACUGGCGGAUGAUUCCUGUCCCAGUGGACGGUUUACAUUGCAGGAUGAGUGCUGUGACCUCUGCCCUAUAGGUCAUGGGGUCGCUAAAGAGUGUAACACCACCAACACCCAAUGUCAUCCUUGUGAGGAUGGUGUGACCUUCUCAUCCAGUGCCAGCAUUUCCCGCUGCCAGCCAUGCUCGAGCUGCCCUGACAAGAUGGAGGUUGUCCACCCGUGUGAGACCAAGUUUGACACCCAGUGCCAAUGUGUGGAAGGGUACUACUCGCAGCCUGGCAGCAGGAAAUGUGUACUGUGCACCACCUGCCCACAGGGCUAUGGGGCAAUAGUGGAAUGCCACAGGGACCAAGACACCGUGUGCCAGCGGUGCCCCAAGGGCUCCUUCUCUGAGAAGGCAAGCAGUUCGCAACCAUGUGCAGUGUGUCGCAUCUGCGGCGAGGAUCAUUUUGUGUUGCAGGAGUGCCAACCGACUUCGGACACGGUCUGUCUGAGCAAAAACUCAUCGCUGCUGAGAAGACCACAGGUUGAGCCAGUAAGAGAUGACUACAAGUUUAUAAGCCCCGUGGAACCUGGGUCUGGUACCGUCAACUUCACUGCCUACGAUACGGGAAAGAACAUCAUUCCAGUUUACUGCUCCAUCCUUGCGGCAGUCAUCAUGGGACUUGUAAUCUAUGUCACUGUGAAAUGCUGGAACACAUGUAAGCAGAAGAAGCAGUUGGCGAAGGCACGAGCUAGUGAGCUUGACGCGGGACCCGAAGGCGAGAAGCUGCACAGCGACAGCGGAGUGUUUGUCGAUACUCACAGUGUACAUGAACCACAGCUUAGUAAAAUUGUUCGUGCUGACCUGUCCCUUUACAGCAAACUCCCACUGCAGAAACGGGAAGAGAUCGAGCAGCUGCUCGGCAGCCAUGGUGGCAACCGAUCUGAUUGGCGCAGCCUGGCACACCACUUGGGCUACGAUGAGGAGCGAGUGGCCACCAUUGGCCGUGGAGAGGAUCCAGCUCACACACUGCUGUCUGAUUGGUCGAUGAGGGAUGGUGGCAGCUUGGAUGUGCUUUGCAAGGCCUUGGGGAGAAUGGAGAGGGAUGAUGUCGCAGAGCGUCUAAAAUUGGAGCCAGCCGUGACCUCUCUGGUGUGACGCAAAGAACAGCUUCCACUGUAAGCCUUUAACACAUUGAAGAUUUUGACUUGCUUACAGGCAGAAGGGGUUCACCCAGACUCAAAAGUGUGGCCAAGUCUUUUAAACUCAUUUAAAGGGAGAGCCUCUUGACUGUAGCUAGGACACAUUGUGAGGCAAUCAGUUUAACUGUGUGGGAAUUGUGAAUGGAAAUUGUGAACCUAUCAGUGGAUGAAGUCUUGCCUCUGGCCCACAUCUGACAAUGCUUUGAGAUGAGCAAGAGAUUAUUUUUUUCUUGAUUUUUAAGUAUCUCGUGUCGUGUGCAAGAUUGCACAGGCAGAGCGACCUGCUCUGUUUCUCUGGUUUUUGUUUGCUCACUUCCUCUUCUUUGUAGGUGCUGACUCGUGCUGACUCUUUCCUCAGAUUGGGUUAGACAGCAUAGUGAUAAUGUUACUGCACUAAUAAUCCAGAGGCCUGGAUUAAUGAUCCAGAGUUCAAAUCCUACCAUGGAAUUUAAAUACAAUUAAUAAUACAUUUGGAAUAAAAAUCUAGCAUCAGUAAUGGGUGACCAUGAAACCUACAGAAUUGUUGUAAAAGUCCCAUCUGGUUCACUAAUGUCCAUUAGGGAAGGAAAUUUGACAUCUUUCCUGGCUGAGCCUCCAGCCCCACACCAAUGUGCUUGAUUCUUUGUUGACCUCUGACGCAAUGCCAAUCAGUUGUAUUCAAGAAGGUGAAUCACCACCACUUUGAGGUCAAUUAGGAAUGGGCAAUAAAUGUUAGUGACACUCACAACCUGUGAAUGAACAUUUAAAUAAAAAAGUCCUUUGGUGCCUUCCCUUUACCUUGCUUAAGUGAGUAUUCUGUACCUGGGAUAGCAAACAUUGGUGGACUCUUCAGUUUAGAGAGGCAUCACAGUUGAGCCAGUUUUCUUGUUGGAUGAACAAAGACUGUUGCAGACACUUUCCAGUGGGGAACAGGAGUGUCUCUUAGCAAUAAGGAAAGGCUUUUUUUUUGUGUGGGAAUUGGAGUAAGAAGCUUGAACUGCAGGAAGUCAGUCUGGUUUGGUUGUCCUCACCACCAAAUUGGACUCAGACUUCUGGACCUCUGGAUUGACUGUCCAGCCGGUCAGCUGUCCUAAUCACACCCCUUGUGUACAUGGGCACACCCUGCUGAUUUAGCUAACUCAUAAAUCGGACUUGUAUGGCUCAGGUGCUUUUGCACUCAAAAUGACUGCCUGCUGCUGUGGUUCCUGCAAAAUGGCUGUCAAGGUUAACCAUAAAAUGGCUGAUUAAAGCUAGAAGUAAUCAUAAUAGUAGGUGUGGCCACACCAACUGUCUGCAUUUUUGUGGUUACUUUAUGUAUAGAAUUUUUCUUAUGGAUUGCAACUCAAUUUUCAGAUUGAGUGCUCAUUACCUUGAUGACUCAGUUAGGUGCCCUUGCCAAGUGUGCUACUGUGGCAAACCAACCAGGAAUCACAAGUCAGUGCUGAUCCAAGUCAGAGGAGCUGGAAAGGUGCUAUAUUUGCCAUCAGCUCACCUAAGUUUAAGGUAGGGAAUAAAUCAGCCAGUGUUCAGUUCCUCGAUGCUAUCUAGUACCCUCUGCUGGUUCUCCAGCAAUUGGUGAGGGUCCUCCAGCUGAUCUGCGGGCUGGUCCAAAAUGUACGUCACUGAUACGUAAUGCCAUGGCCUAGGCCAUACUAGAGAAUGGAACAGAACCCUCAUCCUCACCAUCCACGUGAUGUCACACAAGCAGACUGGCUCCUGCAUUCGCAGCUUGAAUUGUCAUACGCAUGAACAACAACAAUUAUGUUUUAUAAGCAAGAUUUAUGUUACUGUUGCAUCAUAACAUGAGGUUGGAUUUUCAACACUUGUGGGGCUGAAAACAAAGAAGAGGAACUGACGUGAUUCUGAGGCUCUUCAGCUUGGAACCAGGCAUUACCUCAUCGUGUCUCAUCAAACGCAACGCCAUUCUUCCCAUUAUUUGAGUUUUUCUUUUGCAGUGACAAGUGAAAGCAGAUGAGAUAGAACUGGUAGGCGGUUUGCAGGUUUUUUGCCCACCUUUAAGUGGUCUGAGGCCAAAAAUGUUUGAGAACCACUGGUUAGUUGGAUAUUGGGUGAGGAUAUUGACUGUGGCUCCUCCAUUACAAAACCCUGCCAAGAUUUAGAUAGGCUCAUAUAUGAAACUUGGUUGUUUGGGUGCGUUUUGAGGUGGGGGUGGGAUGCUGCCUGUGUGGAACGUGCUCAGGCAAGGGUUAGCACCUUGAGGAGAGGAGGGAAGAACGUUAUGGCAAAAUAAAAUCAAAGAAAAGCUCUGACUUGCAUGUUACUCUGCUUCUGAAAACACAAUUUAUUGGGGCGUUGACAUGUUUUUGACUGGAGUGGCAGGCUGUUGUAAUGUGUUAGCAUCUCUGCAAAGCCCAGAAUGAAAUCUCAGCCAGCAAUAGGUGCGUGUUUCCUUGGUCUUAUCUGAAACAAGUUUGCAAGUCUCUAAAUCCAGUUCCUAGUGGACCAACAGCAUAAACCUGGCCACAAAUUGGAACUAAUAUGACUGUGGAACAGCAGACAUAAAAGAAUGAAAUGGGAACACAGUCUUUUAAGGGGAAGUUCCAUAUGAAUGUUCCCUGAUUUCCCCAAAGACCAUCGAACAAAAUUCACUGAAGAUGGCUGGUGCAAGGAGUAGAACUUAAAAUCCAUGGUUGAUAUUCACCCACAAGGGAUUUUGGGAUCACCAUUGUAGGGGCUUCUGUCUGCCUGUGCUAUAGGUAGCUAGAGAGUACUUUAUUUAGUGGAAUAGAGGGAGCUUUGCUCUAACCCAUGUUUAAUUCUGUACCUGCGGCCAAAAAGACUGUACAGUGCUAAGCAUUGACUUGCCCACCUUGAGGGCACAAAAUUUGGUCAAUUCAACCAAACAAGGUCGGGGCAGAAAAAUAUCCAAAAUGGCUGCCAUGUUAAUUAAAAUGGUAUCCUGUGUCCAGUAUUGUGUGAAGUAUUUACUAAUUUCUUGUCUUGAUGCCAAGAUGUUGCGGCAAAUCAUUACCUUUGUAUGUAUCAUUGUUUAUAGUUUUUCAAUAAAUACAGUACAAAAUCAGUACAAUAUCCCAGUGAUUUUGAAAGAGAAGGAAUUGUCAGCUUUUGAUCUUUGGCUGAUGCCUUUUUCCUGGAACUUUAUCUUGUACAUGAAGAAAUGAAGGGUGGAGUUUUCUGCUCUGGAAUUGCAGACAGUUUGACCUUCGUUUUGUCGUGUUGUUAUUGUUUAAUUGUGUCCAAAAAACAAAAUUAUAUCUUUAAAAUCACUUACAGUAUGUUAUGCCAAAUAAACAUUUAAAAUAUUAU